CUAAUAAAUAGAGCCAUUAAACACACAACAGCACCGAGUGUUUUUGUCUCUCAGGAGCACAGCCUUAACGCUCACGUCGCCGGUUUCUCUUCUCUCCGUCUCUGAGAAGAGUGCUCUGGAAAAUGCAAACCCUAUCCAUUUCUCACCGUUUGUCUCCCUCAACCCACCGGCUGUUUCCGUCGCCGGUCACCGCCAUUCCUUGCAGAACCCCGGGCCCUCUUCCUUCCCUCCGUACUCUGCAAUGCUGCUCUCUCCAAUCUCCAUCUCUGGUUACGGAUGAGACAAAGUUUUUCGAGGCUUCAAGAAAGGGAAACUUAAUUCCGCUUCACAAAUGCAUUUUAUCGGAUCACUUGACUCCGGUGCUUGCUUAUAGAUGUUUGGUCAAAGAAGAUGAUCAAGAAACUCCUAGCUUUCUGUUUGAGUCGGUGGUGCCUGGUUUCCGUGCUUCAACUGUUGGUCGUUAUAGCGUGGUUGCAGCUCAACCAGCCAUGGAAAUUGUGGCAAAAGAAAAUAAGGUUACAAUAUUGGACCACGAGAAAGGGUGCAUGACCAAGAAGGUUGUUGAUGAUCCAAUGGCGAUUCCAAGAAGUAUUUCAGAGAGUUGGAAACCCCAACUUAUUGAUGAACUUCCAAGUACAUUUUGCGGUGGAUGGGUUGGUUAUUUCUCAUAUGAUACAGUUCGCUAUGUAGAGAAGAAGAAGCUUCCAUUCCUGAUGGCACCCCAGGAUGACAGAAAUCUUGCUGAUAUUCAUUUAGGCCUUUACGAAGACGUGAUUGUGUUUGAUCACGUAGAGAAGAAAGCAUAUGUGAUUCAUUGGGUUAGGUUGGAUCAAUACUCCUCCAUUGACAAGGCUUAUGUUGAUGGAAUGAGACGCUUGGAAAUGUUAGCCUCCAGAGUACUGGAUAUUGAUCCCCCGAGGCUGUCUCCUGGUGCUGUGGACUUACACACUCACCAUUUCGGUCCUUGUCUGAAGAACUCAAACAUGACAAGUGAAGAAUACAAGAAUGCAGUACUGCAAGUGAAAGAGUACAUUUUUGCAGGAGAUAUUUUCCAGAUUGUAUUAAGUCAACGCUUUGAACGACGAACAUUUGCUGACCCAUUUGAAGUCUACAGAGCAUUGAGAGUUGUGAAUCCAAGUCCAUAUAUGACUUACUUGCAAGCUAGAGGGUGUAUUCUGGUUGCUUCAAGCCCAGAAAUUCUUACACGUCUAAAAAGGAAUAAGAUUGUUAGUCGACCGUUGGCUGGGACUAGUAGAAGAGGGAGGACACUGCUUGAAGAUGAGAUUUUAGAAAAGCAGAUGCUAAAUGAUGAAAAGCAAUGUGCUGAACACAUCAUGCUGGUUGAUUUGGGGCGGAAUGAUGUUGGAAAGGUGUCCAAAUGCGGUUCUGUAAAUGUGGAGAGGCUCAUGAAUGUCGAACGGUACUCUCAUGUGAUGCACAUCAGCUCCACGGUAACAGGGGAAUUGCGCGAUAAUCUGACUUGUUGGGAUGCCCUAAGUGCCACAUUGCCUGUCGGAACAGUUAGUGGAGCACCAAAGGUAAAGGCCAUGGAGUUGAUUGAUCAAUUCGAAGUAACAAGGCGUGGGCCAUAUGCUGGUGGAUUUGGCGGUAUUUCGUUUGCUGGUGACAUGGAUAUUGCAUUAGCUCUGAGGACCAUUGUAUUCCCAACUGGAAAUCGUUAUGACACAAUGUACUCGUACAAGGAUAACAAGCGCAAAGAAUGGGUGGCUUACCUUCAAACCGGGGCUGGAAUUGUAGCCGACAGUGUUCCUGAUGAUGAGCAAAGAGAGUGUGAGAACAAAGCUGCUGGUCUUGCUCGUGCCAUUGACUUAGCUGAGUCUGCAUUUGUUGACAAAUGAUAUCUGUCUCUCUCAGGUCAGCCAAGGUAGAUAUAGGCAACUUGUAAUUUGAGGCUAAUAGUUUGUUAUUUGAAACAAAGGAACAAUAUGAAGUAAAAUUCUGUUUUAUACAUUUGGAAUA